AUGCUGAGAGUCGGACGAAUUGGCACCAAGACCCUAGCCAGCAGCAGCCUGCGUUUCGUGGCAGGUGCUCGGCCCAAAUCCACGCUCACCGAGGCCGUGCUGGAGACCACAGGGCUGCUGAAAACCACGCCCCAAAACCCCGAGUGGUCUGGAGCCGUCAAGCAGGCAUCUCGUCUGGUGGAGACCGACACUCCGAUCCGAGACCCGUUUUCCAUUGUGUCGCAAGAAAUGUCCACUUUGGCCAACAACAUUGGUUCUCUGAUUGGCUCUGGGCACCCUACACUCAACAAGGUGGCCACCUACUACUUCCAGUCCGAGGGCAAGCAUGUCCGUCCUCUGAUUGUUCUGCUGCUGUCCCGAGCGCUGAGUGCGAUCCCCGAGUCGGAGCGAGACCGAGGCACCUUUGACGCCUCGGACGUGACCGAAAACGUGGGCGAAUUGAACCCCGAGCCCUCUAUCAACGACCCUCUUUCACCCAUUGAGAUUCUCCAUGGCAUCAAUCCCGACAUUGUGCUCAACCCGCUCAGCCGACCUUCCGACCCCUUGCCUUACGAGAGCAACGGCAUUCUACCCAAGCAGCGACGUCUGGCCGAGAUUGUCGAGAUGAUCCACACCGCUUCACUGCUCCAUGACGAUGUUAUCGACAACUCCGCUACCCGGCGAGGCUCUCCUACAGGCAACGUGGCCUUUGGAAACAAGAUGGCAAUUCUGGCCGGUGAUUUCCUGCUCGGACGGGCCUCUGUGGCCAUUGCCCGGCUCAGAAACGCCGAGGUCAUUGAGCUGCUGUCCACCACCAUUGCCAACUUGGUGGAGGGCGAGUUCAUGCAGCUCAAAAACACAAUUGUGGACAACUCGGAGAUUGCCAACAAGGCCACCUUUGAGUACUACAUCCACAAGACAUACCUGAAGACCGCGUCGCUCAUGUCCAAGAGUUGCCGAGCCGCUGCAGUGCUCUCUGGAGCUCGAAACCCCAUUGUCGAUGCCUCUUACAAGUUUGGAAAGAACCUCGGCCUGUGUUUCCAGGUUGUCGAUGAUAUGCUGGACUACUCCGAGGGCGAGUCUCAUCUUGGUAAGCCCGCUGGAGCCGAUCUCAAACUUGGUCUUGCCACUGCGCCCGUUCUGUUUGCCUGGGAAAAGUACCCCGAGCUCGGAGACAUGAUCAAGCGAAAGUUUGACGGUCCCGGCGACGUGGAGCGGGCCCGAUUCCUGGUUCAGCAGGCAGACGGUCUGUCGCGAACCCGAGAGCUGGCCCAAAAGUACUGCGACGAGGCUGUCGCCAACUUGGACCUGCUUCCCUACUCUGAGAGCAGAGAGGCUCUGAGAAACCUCACCAUGAAGAUGAUGAACCGAAGCAAGUAA